AUUAUCAAUUUGAAUACAGUACGAAAAGCCAGGAUUAAAUAUUAGGCACAUUGGAUUCUUAUAAAAUGUUUUGUUGAUUUGUUUUUUGCUGUUGAUAUAAUGUUUUGUGCAUAUGUAUACAAUACUAUAUUUGUUGAAAUUAAAUUAUUCUUGCAUUAACAGCACGAAUUAAAAAAAACUUAUUUGUGAAAUACAGAAAGAGUGUACAACAACAAAUAAGCGAGGUUGUGUACGGGAAUUUAUUUGAUGGAAUUGACUUAAGCGCACAUUAUGGAAAAAAGCGGGAAUUCUGAGGAGGAUUCCUUAGGUAUUUUAAAUAUGGACAAUAUUAAAGUCUUUGGCGAUUUAUCAGCAAAUAACUCGUCUAGUAGACAAUUAAGUGGAAUUUUGUUGGAAGAACGCAAGAAAGCUUUACAAUUGUUAGAAAAAAAAGGAUGUGCCUCCAAUAAAGAAAAUGUUCCUAAUAUUAAAUUAAACAAUAUUACUGUUAAUGAUAUUUUAAAAUCAAGCAGUGUUUAUAAUUCUACAAAGUCAAACGAAACACGCAUUAAUGAUAGUGCAGGUACUUUCAGCUUCUCAGAUUUUGUUGGAUGCGAAAGCACCAAAGAAGAUAAUCUACAAACUUCCACAAACACUUUAGCAGAAAAAUUAAAGAUAUCUUUUGAACCAAAUGAAAUUACUGGUCGAUCUACGCUUUGUAAACAAAGUAAUGCAAGUCAAAAUCCUUCACGUAGGGAUUCUACUAUGUCUACUAAAGAUAUCUUGAACUCAUCAAUAAGUAUGAAACUUCGUAAUCUAUCUGAAAAUCUAAAAAUUGAUAGUGUUUCAACUGAUUGGAAUAAUUACUCACAUGUCAGUUUGCCACGCACCGCAGAUUUAUCUAAAUCAAGAGCAGCACAUUCAGAUUUUUCAUUUAAUGGAGGAGAUGGCUUACCAUUUUCAACCGAUCAACAAUUAAAUUUUACCGGUUUAUGUAAUGAAGAGUUUAAGUCCUAUAAGUCAAUUGAAGAUAAACUUUUAAGCGAUGAAAAAGAAUGGGCACAAGAAUUUGCAGUUAUGCCUGUUGCUGAAAAAAAUAAAGAUUUUUCUGCAUUGAGUUUCAAUACAAACAAUGAUACAAAGAAUGACUUUAUGGCCGAUUUUUCCGUUGGUACGUUUUUUAAAGGACGUUCAGAAGACAUUCGUAACAUUGUAAAAGCAAUUAGUCCCGAAAAAAAUCGAUCUCCAAUUGCACUUGUAGAUGAUGACAAUAUGGUACAAUCUGCAACAUCCUUUCAAGAUGAAGAAACACCUAAAAUAGAUAACAAAACAUAUAGCAGAGCGAAAUACGAUAAAGAAAAACAUGAGAGUAAGGAUUCCGGCAAUAGUUCCGAUAAUUCAUUUUUUAUGAGUAUGUCAGCAAUUGGUCGAGCAUUAUCUCAAUUGAAUAUUAAUAGCAAUGAUUCAUAUUCAGCCAUAAAGAAUCAAAUGCUACAAUAUAAAACUAAAAAGAAUAGUAAUGGAGAUAGUAAACAAUCGCCUGAAAUGGAAAAAAAAUCGAUGGAAAAAAAAGAUAUUUUAAAUAUGAUAGAAGAGAAUAAAGAAAAUAUGGAUCCACAAGUAUUGGAAAAUGCACUCUCUGAUACAAUCAGUUUGAGAGAAUCUUUUUUAAAUUGCAGUGAUGUCAUGCCACAAAGGCGCAGUAUUACCUCACCAAACCGCUCACCACUAAGUCCUAUAGUAACUACACAUGAUAAAGAUAAUGGAAAUGAUGCUGAUGUAGAUGAAUGGGGCACUCCAAUUUGUACAACUAAUCGUAAGAAGCGACUAACAAAGUCACCAAAUUUUAAGACAAAAGCUGCUGUUAUUGAAAAUCAUAAUACUGUUUCAUCUUCUUCUGUAUCUAAACAAAGCGAACGAAAUAAUGAAAUUACUAAUGCAGAAAAAAGUGUGACAAAAAAUUCAUUGAACUCCUUAGAAAACUUAUUACUACAUGUAGAAAAUUUAUCAGAGGAACAACGUUUCUUACUAUCUUCUAUACAGUCAAAAAUUAAUCAUCAAGCACCUCUAUUAUCUCCAUUGUCUUCACCACGUAGUAAUUUAUCAUCACAAACUUGCUCACCAACCACCUCAGAUGGUUAUCGCUCACCAAAUUUCAACAGCACAACAAAUUCCGAACGUCGUUUUCUAUCACUUGGCAACUUAGGAAAAGCAACAUCACCUGUAACUAGUGAAUCCAAUGUUCAUAAAUAUGUAUAUGGCGCUGUGCCUGUUCGGAGUGCUUCAACUAUUUCCACGAAAAGUAAUGCAAGUGGUGUUAGUAGAAGCAUAUCGCGUGCAUCCAAUUCAAGCGAGUUUAGCCAUCGAGAUGGUAAAAUAAUACCAUUAAAACUAACAAAAUUGGAAUUAUCUUGGGGAAGUAUAAAAUUACGAAAAGAGGUACGUCAAUCGGUGCAGAUUAAAAAUACAUCAGAGAAACGUUUAGUGAUCCGACACGAAAUAUUUGGACCUGGCUAUCAAUUAAUUAAUACAAGUAGUAAUAUAUUAACCUUACAAGCUCAAGAAUGUCAUUCCAUUAUAAUAAGUUUCUGCCCAACGAUAACUGGGGUAGCCAUUGGAGGAUUAAAUUUUUAUCCGCCACACCGUAAUGCCAAUAAUACUCAACCAUUUCUUGUGUUACCUCUCUUUGGUUAUGGUGGUCACAGUAGUAUUUCUAUAGAUGGCAUUCUCAUAGGACCAGUUGGUUCGCCGUUUUUACCAUUGGGCGAUGCUUAUGAUUUAAAGCCAAACAGCGCAAUCAUACGCACUUUUAAUAUAAUCAACAAGGGACCUCUACCAAGUUUCCACGCAGUUUCAGUUAACUUGAUAGGUUUAUCACGACUAAGCAUCAAUCUCGAAAUACAACCAAGCAAACUAUUAUUAGAUGUGGGCCAGGAAGCAACAAUCCGUAUUAUAUUCCAUCCAAAACGUGAAGAUAUUAAAAAAAUUAUAAAUAACAACUCAAAUGUUUACACCUUAGCAGAUAUGCAUAUAAUAAGCGGUGAUCAAGCUAAUAAACAACGCAUAAAACGUUUGCUUAAACGUAUGCCAAAAGAAGAUCGUGAGAAGGUCAACUCGCUUGUUGUUGAAAAGAUAUCAUCAACAUUUCCGAAUGAAGUUAUGUUUCCGGACUUGGAUGUCUUUAAAGAAAGUGUUGAAGUUGAUAAUAUAGCAUAUUUGCUGUCGUUUUUACGCAUUGAUGAAAUUGCACUCACCCUAAAUCACAGUAAUUCCCUAAAUGAAACUAGUGAUAUGCCAACACUCUUCUUUUCUGAAGCAGAUGAAACCAUACUUUUUCGCACUGUAUGCAUACCCUCGCCAACAUCCCAAAAAUCUUUAGAACCAGUUGAUGAAUUACUCGAAAAAACAAUGGGUGUUUCUGAAAGCAAUUUACCUAUUGAAAGCACAACUAAUAAAGAAACAUGGUCUGUUAGUCCUACAUCGAUCAUUUACAAUUUGAAUAACAAACGACGUGAUAAACGUCUUUCUUCGCUUCUUAUUAAAAAUUUUUUUAAAUCUCGGCAAUAUUUCGAUGUAACUUGCAGUCAGAAAAACUUAUUUACUUUUACACCCAAUCAAGGUUUUAUUGAACCUGAAGGCGGACAGAUCGAAGUAGAUGUACAUGCCAUAGGAAAACCCACUGAUGAUCUGCUGAAAGCCAGAGUUUUUAUUUUAGUUUACUUGGAUAACUAUCGAAUCACAGUGCCAGUUACGUUCCAACUAAAUAAGUGAACAAACAAAUCCUCAAGCAUUAAGUUAUUAGCUUUAGUUAUUAAACUUUUAUUAAAAAUUUACACGAUUGUAUUUUGCUGCAUUUAAUUUUUAUUUUAUAUUUGCAUAAU